GUAAUCUUAGAGAGAAAAUUUAGCUUUUGUGGGAUCUAAUGUCAUCCAUAGAAGAUAUGAUGGAAAAGGCGGUCACACAGAGCAACGCCUUUUACCAAGAUAGAAACGUUGUUCAGGGUUAUAAGGACCGAAAGGACAGCAUCCGGAAGCAAAGACGCGAACAAAAGGAUACCCUUUCACAGUGGUAUGGUAUGAAGAAGCGACAACUCAACGAGGACGAGAAACAGGAACUUGAGCUUCUACAAUACCGAAAUUUUAUCAAUCCCGACACACAGCACCAAGCACCGAAGCGAAGCUCGAAUACGUCUUCUGAUUUUGUUGAAUUUGGCUACUUCGCUGGGACAGGUAGGAACAAGCGAAAGCGCUUAAAGUCUUUUGCAGACGAAUGGAUUGAGGAAAAUCCGCAGUUUGAAGAAGUUGUUAAGAAGCGGAUGAAGAAGAAUGUGAAACUGAACAGAAAAGUGAAGGCGGCUGCCGCAAGGCGAGCGGCUACCGAGGCUGCUCGUGCCAAGGCGAAGCAUGUAUCCAAGAGGCGCUCGAAGCACGACCUGUUUUGAAUACAUUCUAUAUAAAAGAACAUAAUGAAGCGAAAUAAAGCUGCUACUUUGGAUUUUCAGGAUCUGUAAUUGCAUCUGCUUGUGACAGUGUGUCUCGUGUAAUUUGUCUUUAAAGUGUGUGUAUUUAAGCACCGGUAAUAAACCUAAGUCCCAAUUCGACUCCUACUGAGAGUGUACCUGGCGCGAGUAGAAGUGUUUGAGACAGCAAAGGUCAUCUAAGGGGCGUUCCCAUCGUGACGUCGCGCUCUAAAUUGUAGGAUAAUCUUUCAA